ACUAAUGGACACUGUGUUACACAGUGUCGACUUGUGUCGUAGCUGGAAAGCACCCACAGUUUAUCGAUGAUCAAUACGGUAUAUUUGAUCGUAAAUUUUUGCAGUGAAGUGUGAACCAGUGAACGCUCCAUUCUCCGACGCAUGCGCGUUCUUGCCUAUAAUGCCCCUGAAUGCCCCUUGCACAAUGCAAGUUCACAGUUCACACCCAUAUAUGACUGAGGCGCUGAUGUCGCUAAAUAUCGAUAGCAACGCUUGCGAUUCUCGAAGUGAGCGCUUGAAUAUUUUCGCGGUGAACGAUAGGAGGACGCAGGAAGAAAGGAAGAUGUUUGUUGCGAUUCAAUCCGCGAUUGAUAGUGUAAUUCGUGUGCCCUUAUCAUCUUCCAGACUUUUCCUUGAGAGAUACAUACGUGCAAUGUGUGUAUGCAUAUAUUUCUGGACGCAGGUUGACUCGCAUUUCUGAUGUUCUUGCUUGGUUCAACGAUGAGUAACAGAAAAAUAUGUGGCAGUGUUCUUCAAAGAGUUAGAGCGACGAGAACACACGCUUCCGAGUUAGAUGCGUAAAGGAUUUUAUCCCCAUUGAGAGAAGAAAUUUGUAAGCUUGGUUUUCAUUAAGUGUUAAUACCAACGUAUGUAUUAUUAAUCCAACAGACAUGGCAAAAGCAAGCAAAAAACACAUUUGGGUGAAAAAUAGUGACAAGUUAAAAGUAUUAUACGAUCAACUUCGCACAUGUACAGUUUUAUUACAUGACAUUGCUUUAGAUAAGGAUCUAGUUCAGCUUCAUCAUUUGACUUUCUCGAAAAAAAAGAAGGAAGAGUUAGAACAUAUGACAUGUAGUAACAUGUCUGACAAUUUGUCUAAUAAUGUAUGGAUGUCAAAGGAAAAUAUGUGGGAAGAUAAUACAGAGGACAAAACUACUCGUGUAACGAGAAGUCGUUUGAAAAGAUUAGCUCAAAAGAAAAGUGAAGAAUGUAACAAUAUUAAGUUUUCAGUUGACGUGCCGUACAAUCAAUUUUGUAAAAUAGUUCGACCAGAAUUUAUAACACAAAAACAGCAAGUAAAAUAUGAUAUUAGCGAAUCAUCUUUAAAUAAAAAUAACGACGAAAUAUUUAGCACAUCUUCCUAUACAUAUUGUAGUUCUGUACAAAAAAAGACUCUGUCAUCAAAUAGUAAAAAACCUAGUAAUGAAAGACCAAAUGCACAGAAGAGUAAAUUAGGAUAUAAAAGAAAGCUACAGUUUGAUAAAUCAGCUCUAUCUUCAAAUAUAAUUGACACAAAUAUAGAACAUGAGAAAAUUUCUGAAACAUCUGAAGACAUUAAAGCAGAUUUUAAAUCUAAUACAGCAGAUUUUUCUGAUAACUUUUUUACUACAUGUAACAAUAUAAAUGGAAGCGAAAGUCAAAAAAAUGCAACAAUAUGUUUGAGUAAGAAAACUAUGUCUCUCGUUACAUGUAAUACUGUAACAACAGGUGUUUUAGAAUCAAUUGCUUCAAAAUCUACUCCAAUAGUGUCCAAGACUAACUGUAUUACGAAAAUAGUACCUGAUCUGCUAACAAAUAACAAAAAAAAAAGUGUAAAUAAGACGAAUAAUAAACAAACAACAAAAAAAAGUUUACCGAAAAUAACUGAGGACCAUAUUUUACCGAAAGGUACAAUAAAAAUUAUGAAAGUAAAUACAAGUGACAAGAGCAGUGUCGAACAAAGUAGACUAGAACAAAAUGGAAAUAGUGAUACUAUUAACGAUGCGAAACAAGUUUCCUAUGGUGAUACAAUACUCGACUCUACAAAUAUUCUCACAGAAAAAAAAUAUGACACACUUAAAAUAAAUAGAUCAAUCAAUAUGUUAAAAAUAUCAGAAUCUACAUCAGCUUUUAACAAUAACAUUGAUUUAACAAACAAAAAUAUAGAUAAUAUUAAUCUUCACAGAAUUUCACAAAAAGUUGAUCACAAAAACUUGGAUUUUUUGAUAGAAGAAAAAAAUAACAUAAAUGUUAAUGCUGAAACGACAGGAAUGAAUAAAAACUACAUUUUUUUAAAUCACCAGGAACAAUCAAAUAGAUUAGAUAAUGAUGAGCACGAGAGUAACAUACAAGGUAAAAACAUAAAUGAAAACACUUCAAAUGUUAAGGAUAUAAACGAAAACUAUAAUAUCAACGGAUCGUUAAUUUUUGUUAGCAAAAAGAAGGUUGCAAAACAGAAUCGAAAGCGAGGAAUUGCAGAAGAAAAUACUGUAGACAUAAAGUUGAACAAUAAGAAAAAGAGAUUAAAUAGAACCGUUUGGCAAAACAGUGUAACAUGUGCUAAAUCAUUGGAUCACCAACAAUUUAAUAAUUCUUCAAGUAUCGAUAUGACAGUAUCAACAACAGAAUCAAAUAUAUCCGAGAAAAAUGAUGUUGAACAAAUAAAAGACUUACGCGAACGUUUGAAUAAAAAAAGAUCGAAACAAUUACCCGAAUUAUCGGUGUACAAAGAUAAAUUUAAGAACAAAAAUAGCGUAGGGCCAAUAGAUUUAAAUAAAAAAUAUGAAAAAAUAAUUACUCCAAUAAGUACAACAAAAAACGAGAAAAGACUCUCUUUCGAGAUAAAACCAACUUUUAGCAAAACUUCACAUGAAGAGGAAGAUAUCCAUAUAAAUUCAGUUUGCAGCAAUCAUACAUACAGUAGUAGUACAUUACUAAGCACGUCAGAAAACACACAACAUCUAAGUCAAAUAGAUAGAAGUAAUGAAAAUACUAAUGUACAAAAGAAACAUAUGAAUAAAAAAAAUAAAGAAAAUGACGAUUACGACGAUAAUGAUGAUGAUGGCGAUUAUAUUUCUCUGUUUGCAGAAUCAUUUGAUACAAAUUUCUAUGAAACUAUAUUUCUAAGUGAUGAACGAGUUAGACUGAAUAAAUCUCCACAGUCUGAAAUACCAUACAUAAUGACUACUAGUAGUUUUAAUAAAUACGUGAAGCAAAAUGCGACAGAAUUUAAUAAGGAGUAUGCAGAAUAUAUAGAAAAUAAUGAAAAAACAUUGAACAAAACUGAUGAGACAAAUAGACAAGUUAAUAAUAAAUCCAGACAGACUAUAAACACAGAUAUACCUGAAACAUUAAAAGUGACAUCAUUUGAAACAAAAAACAAAGAGAUAUCAAAAUCUCCAAAGUCAAAACAAAUUAAUAUUAUGAAUUUUUUCAAGGGAUAUUGUUUUUCUAUAUUGAAGAGAGGUACCUGUAAUAAGUCAUUAAUACAUUGUAAAUUCAAUCACAUUAUGCAGACUCUCAUUAAAAGGGUUUGUUUGUAUGAUCUUGGAGCAAUACUAGAUAUAAUGCAAGAAGCAUUGUAUCUUGGUUACAAUUUUUUUUGCACAACAAUAUAUUCAGAUUUAAUACAGAACUUAACUGUUGAUCAGAUUUUAAUGAUAUAUCAAAUGUUUUACGAAAUUCGUCCUGUUUCCUUAAAGGACGAGCUUACAAUGACAUUAAAAAUGCAGAUUACUGACAUUGUUAUAACAGAACUAUUGAAACGCCAAUUAUCGUUGAAAACGAUCGUGACUCGAAUAGUGGAAUAUAUUAGUUCCAUCAAAGAUUUAAACAAUCUCAUGAAUAUAUUAGUAUGUUUUGAAAAGUACAUCAAACGUGGUGAAUAUUGGAAUACCGCAAAAACUUUAAUUUUGAGGUUGCCACUGAAUAAACGUAUUAUCGAGAGAAUAUUGCUAGAAUGCAUAGAGAAUAAAAAAUCAAUUGACAUUCAAGAUGUUAACAGUAAUUUAAUAGACAAAGUUUCUCCUAUAUUAAUAUCACAAUUGGACAAAGACAUGUUGGAACGCUUUAAAAAUUUAUCAGCUGAAAAAGUUACAAAAAAUUCACAUCCUACAUUAUUAAUUCAAAAUUUUGGAGAAAACUCAGCGGAAACUAUUGCUUCUCCCGAUGGAAAUACAAAUAUAUUACAAACAGAAUUUCCAAGAUACGAUAUUUUUACAGAUAAAGCUAAAAUUAAAGACUUUGAAACCGAAGUAAACGGAGAAGCAUAUAUCAUGCGACCUAUUGAUGAUUUACCCGAAGCACGUUCCGUUUAUAGAGAUCAUAAACAUCUCUGGAAAUUUUAUGUUGAUUUAGACAGAUUUAAAAAGGGACUAUUACAUCAAGAUUAUGAUUACGUUAUUGAAAUUUUAAAAAAAUAUGCCGAAAAGCAGGAUGAAAAUACAUUAUUCAUUCGCUCUUGUUGUAAGAUACUUCAAACAGAGGUAAAACGUUCAGAGUAUCACUUAGCAAACAUCGUACGUCGUGCAGUCCACAUGGAUAUCUUCGGCGUUCUAGGUAAAAUCUUAUUUAACAUAGGAUUAAACAUUUUGACCAGUUUAGUGGACACGGAGGCCUGGGGGCUUGCACUGUGGUUGAUUCAAUCACUCAACGUACAUGAUUUACCUUGUAAUGCCGAUUAUUUUUUACUAUCGGCUGAGAUUUAUUUAGCUAAUAAAAAGGCAAUAAAAGCAUAUGAUUUACUUAAAUACAAAAAUAUUAUAUGUACUAGUCGUGAUAAGUGGUACGUUAGAAGUACCAUUAACGAUGAGCACGUACGGAACAAAAUAAUGUACAUACUAUUGGAUUCAUUUUGUAAUGAGUUUGUCGAAUAUGCUUUCUGCCUUUUCCAAUUUUUACUUAAAGAUCAAUGCAGUCAAUACUAUCCAAUAGAUUUAUCUCGUUACGUGGACAAGUUAAUAGUGUUAUUUUUGUCAAGAAAAGAUACUAAUUUAAUCACAGAGAUGGCCAAUUUAGUACUUAAAUAUACUUUUGCGUUAAAUACAGCGACGUGUCGAGCGCUAAUUUCAACAUUAAUUCACAUGGACGAAAAUCUAGCCAGGCAGAUAUACAAUUACGCAGAAGGUGUAGGUAUCUAUCCUGCUGUGAAGGUAUGGCCAAUAACAUACAUCAUUAUAAAUACUGAUUUGACAGAGGAAGAGAUAUAUCUUACAUUUUUACAAUUGUUAAAAAAUCUUAUAAUAAAUGUCGGUCACGCAAUUGAGUUUGUUAAACCACACCAAAUCAAAGUGUAUAUUAUCUUGGAGAUAAAAUCGAUUAACGAGCAGUUUUAUUGCGCAGAAUCGCAGAACUAUUAUAAUAAUAAAGUUAUUACAAAUAUAAAGACAUUAGUUAGAAACGUUUUGAAAAAACGAUUUAAUCCACCCAUAUUAUUAAUGCCAGGUAAAGGACGAAUAUAUAAAUUACAAAGCAGAAGUGUUAUACAUUAUUUACAGACCGAACAUUGUAAUUGAUAUCUGUAAUUGAUAUGUUUUACUUUUGGACAAUAGUGCAUUACGAGAUGCAAAUUAACAUCUAUUUAUUAAUAUCGAUGCACUGAUGUCCAGACCUCGUCCGAGAGACAUCUUUGCAACACGGCGAUAUCUCUCGGACAGAGUGCUGUAUGGGUAAUAACCAAUACUUUGAGUGAAAAUUUAAAAAGAAAGACAGUACUGAAAAGUGAGAUACAAUUCUAUUGAAAAACUGAAGAAAAAUGUUAUUUUAUGCCAUAUAUUUUUAUUGAAAAUCUUUUACAUUAUUUCUUAAAAUACGAGUUUAAACUGUUGUAAAAACACAAUUUUGUUUAUUAAUUUUUAUUAUUUUUUUAUAUUACAGACAUUUUUUGUAACUUUGUUAAUCAUUUUAUCGUGUAAAGACAUAAAUAUAUCACAUGUAAUUUUAUACAUAAAAAAAUUUUUAUCUAAACUUAUGAUUAUCUAUUUACUUUGUACAUGUAUAAAAUUAUACGUAAUAAACAAAGAUACGAGUAAAUAAAGUUAAGAAUAUUUGUACACACAUAAUUUACGUUAGUCUAUAUUUAACAGGUUUGAUAAAAUAAUACGAACGUAAACAUAUAAUUUCAAAAUUCCGUAAUA